AUGCAUAAUUCAACAAUAACAAAAACCAAAAAUACAGAAGUAGAGGAGACAAGGAAGGGAGGCAAGAGUGGUGAGAAGGCGGGCUCUAAAAAAGCCGAAGUAGAUGUAGUGAAGACCUCAACCACUGAGGAAAUCAGAAACGAUUUACUCAGUUGGUUCGCAGAGGUGAAGGUAGUGGAGAGUGAGUCGCGAACCCCCCCGCAAGUGCGACCGGAGGUAUGGGAGAAAUCCCGAGGAACUCCGGGGGAAGGUGGUGGGCGCAAUUCUGCAGAAGCUAUAAAGCAUCUGUCCCUACCUACUGGCUCUCAUAAGGGCUCACAGGAACCAACUCCACCAAGUGGAGGGGGAGACCCUGUGAUACCCAAGUGCCUACCAUUACGUCCCCGUCGGGAGAGCCGGGAAACGCACAUAGUGCGGCUAACAAUGGAGGCUAUAUCUGGGCACCCAAGAUCAGUAGAGGGUGCCCAAAUGAAGACUUUGGACUGUCAAUUGUCAUGA